AUGGCGUCCACUUCCGAUGUUCCUGGUCGCGUUGGCGUGGACUUCGGCCGCGAGUACUGCUCGCUCGCCAAGCCGCACACGAACUGCUGGCGAGUCCCCCGGGUUCAAGUUCACGGCCACUCCCCCUACGAUGACUUGCUGGCUCGGCCGACGGCGAGUCCCCCCCGUAUCUCUCGCCCAACCUCGGGGGGCCUUGGGUGGUUUGACGAUUGGCCCGUCGAACUGCUGAUGGAAACCCUCGAGAACUUGGACUUCAAGUCCUUGUCGGCCUUCUCGCGGGUUUCUGUCGCGGCCUGCAAUGCGGUCCGCGCUCUCCCAGCCUACCGGGAGCUCCUGGAGCACGCCGGGGGCGCUCUGUCCGUCCUCGGCAAGACCGGGCUGCUCGCCCACCACUCGGUUUCCUCGCUCCGUUCCGCCCUUCGGUCCCCUUACUGCGCUGUUUGCUCCCGGUUUGGAGCCUUCCUUUUCAUGCCCACGUGCCAACGUGCUUGCGCCGAAUGCCUCACGCGGGAACUGGAAUUCAUGGUUGAUUCUCCCGCCCACGUCAGGUCAUUCUAUGGCCUAACCAAGGACCAGAUGGCCUCGAUCCCGGAGCUACGAAUCCUGACAGGCGCCUACGCUGGGAAGCCGCAGAGAAUGGGAGAUUGCUGGAUCGAGCUUUACGGAUCUGUGGUCAGCGUCAAGCAAGCGGGGGAUCUGGCAGCGCAGCUUGGCGUCCGCCCCACGUCGCGAUACCUCGGAGCGCAGCUCUACGGCGAGCAGCCAGACCCUGGCCGGUGGGAAAAGCAGGUCGAAUAUACGCUCGAUGACAUCGAAGUGUUCCGGGACUGCGCCUACUCGGGACCUAGUUACGUCCGCUUCCCGUUCCUCGCGGCGUCCGGCCGCGUUGACAACGGCCGGUGGUGCCGAGGCUGCCUGCGCACGCGCUCCGAUUUCCUCGCGGGCAAGCUCCCCGGGGAGGUCAUCACAGACGUCAGCACGCACGCAGUCGGCGGCUGUGUGGCAACCCACAUCGGGGCCAUGGCCUCUCGCCUGUGGUCGGAGGAGGAAUUCGCGAAGCACGUCACGCACUGUUACGGUGCGCGCGCUUUCUCCGCGAGAUGGCACCAUGUACACCAGGAGAUGCAGGAGAGGGGGUUUCAACCCUGGAGGAUGGCGCCGGUCAGGCACAUCACCGCCCUAGAACGCGCACGCGGCCCCGAACGAAAGCCCUACCCUAGGAUGGCCGACAAGUACGAAGAAUGGAAGAUCAUGAUCGAGGAGCAUCGGCAGUACGUUGGCGACUUGGCCGGGGACGAAAGACCGACGGUGUAUUCCAUUCCUCUCUGGCUUGGUCCCACCGAGUAUUAA